CAGGCUUUCUCAGAAAUUUCAAGGCCUCAAGAUCAAAGCACCCUUUGAAACUAUUUGUUGCAGCCUGUAACUUAGAAUAGCUGAUAUAAUGAAUUUCACUGGAGGGGAAAUGUAUCAGUCCAUGUUUGAUCCAAAAACAUAUUUAGCUUCUUUUUGCAGUUUUGGAAAAGGAAGAGAUAGAAUAUUGAAUUUCCGCCUACAGAAAUGUUUUGAAACAUUUGGACCAGGUGGUGUUGGAGGAGACACUUUGAUUGACAUAGGCAGUGGUCCUUCAAUCUACCAACUGGCUUCAGCUUGUGAAUCUUUCAGAAAUAUAAUUGCCACAGAUUUUACUGACUGUAAUCGUCAAGAAUUUCAAAAAUGGCUAAAUAAUGAGCCAGGAUCAUUUGAUUGGUCAGAGCUUCUGCAGGCUGUUUGUAAGCUAGAAGGCAACAGAGAAAACUGGAGAGAAAAGGAAGACAAGUUGCGAGCAACAAUCAAAAAGGUUCUGAAAUGUGAUGUGACAAAAAGCAAUCCACUACACCCAGAGAUUCUGCCUAAAGCUGAUUGUUUGAUCAGUGCUCUGUGCUUGGAAGUAGCCUGUAAAGACAUUGAUGCUUAUAAAGAUGCAGUGAGAAACAUAACCACGCUGUUAAAACCAGGAGGCCAUCUGGUAGCUAUUGGUGUAUUUGGGGAUAGUUUUUACAAGGUUGGCAAACAGACAUUUUUCUGCUUGCCAUUGGAUGAGGAGACAGUUAGAAAUACUGUAAUAAAUGCUGGUUAUACCAUUAAAGAGCUGGAGGUAUUUCCUAUUGAUGAUGCUUCGUUAUAUGGUGACCUUACAGAUUGCUGUGCUAAUUUUUUUCUCGUUGCUAAGAAAAAUCUCACAUAAAUAUAAAACAAUGAUAAAAUGUUGAAAAAGCAUUAUCCAGAUACCCACCUAACCUUACAGCUAAUAACAACCCAAAUAAACUUCAUAUAUGCUGCAUUAUAGGAUUCUAAUUCUAAUUUAGCAAUUUGGUACACGCUAAUUAAAAAUCAAAGUGCAGGGCAGCUAAAUUAGAAUCACUUUGUGAUCCCCAUUUGAAGGCUGGAAAGAUAUAUAAAGAAAUAAUUCAAAAACUAUAAAGAAUAACUAAGGAAGACCAACUGAAAAGUUGCUUAGAAUUGGCCAUAACAGGGGAGAUCCAUACCUCCUUGAAUGUUCCAUAUAGCUGGUCAUCUUUCUUUUAACUAUGGAUGAACUUACAUUACAUUGAGAAGUAAGGUUAAAUGUCAAAUCACAGGACAAACAGCAGCUUUGUGUAAAAUAGAUAGACAGACAGCAAAGAAGUAAUUUGAAAAAGACACACACUGGUUAAUUUGAUUAUGUGACUGUGCAUGAGCCAAUCUGCCAGCUGCACUGCCCUAUUGGUUUAUGCGUGUUUAUAUAAAUUGCAUAACCAAAUGUGUGUCUCUUUUAGCUUAAUGAAAGUAUUUUCCUUCACUGCUUGUAGAGUUGCCAACUUUUCUUCAAAUCACUAUCACAAUUCUGAUAUUGAUACUGUUUAAAAAAAAACAAAUGCUCUGUAAUAUUGUUGUUGCGACUUUUUAGUACUCAGGCCUCUCUCAUUCAUAUUCCAGUCUCUAAUUCUGUAUGAAUAAAUCAUAAUUAUAUAUAUAAAUAAACAUUUUUUAGUGCUUGUUUUAAUAUCAGAUACCUAUGUUUUUCUGCUUACUGAAAAUACAGUACUAUUUCUGUUUGUUUGUUUCAUUUUAAGCAAAUAGUUUUAAUUUUAGAAAAAGAUUUAUUUUUUCUCUGUAUUAAUAAAAAGUACUGGUAACUUAAA